GUAACACUUUAUAUUGCCAGCAGCCCAUUACAGAGAAAUCUGUUGGUUUUGUCUUUCAGGUGCAAAGAUGGCUUGAAAGGAUUUACAUACUCUGCUCUAAAAUUCAUUGUAGGGAAAGAAGAAAUCCCCACCCAUUCUUUUUCACCUGAAGCAGCAUUUUCAAAAACAGAUAGAAAAAUCAAGCAGAGUGAAAAAGUAUCACAGCCAAUGAACAUACUGGCACUAACAAAAAAGCUCAUGGACAAAGUGUGCAAACAUGGCCCAAGGCAUAGAUGCUGUAAACACUAUGGAGAUAAUUGCAUCUCAUACUGUAUUAAAGGCUUCAUUAGGAUGUUUAGCAUUGGUUACCUGAUCCAGUGUUGCCUUCGGAUUCCUUCCACCUUCCGGCAUCUGCUUACACAACCAUCACGGCUACUUUCCCUCUUCUACAACAAGGAAAAUUUCCAGCUUGGAGCUUUCCUGGGAUCUUUUGUCAGUAUAUACAAAGGUACAAGUUGCUUUCUGCGCUGGGUCCGAAACCUAGAUGAUGAACUUCAUGCGCUUGUAGCUGGGUGUCUAGCAGGAAUUUCUAUGAUGUUUUACAAAAGUACAACUAUCUCUAUGUAUCUGGUGUCUAAAUUAGUAGAGACUAUAUACUUCAAAGGCAUUGAAGCAGGGAAGGUUCCCUAUUUUCCUCACGCAGACAGCAUCAUCUAUGCCAUUUCUACAUCGAUAUGCUUUCAGGCAGCUGUGAUGGAAGUUCAGAACCUGAGACCUUCAUACUGGAAAUUUCUUUUACGACUAACAAAGGGCAGGUUUGCUCUCAUGAACAGGAAAGUUUUAGAUGUGUUUGGUACUGAAGCAUCUAAGAACUUCAAGGAUUUCACGCCUAAUCUUGACCCAAGAUACACAGUUGUGCCACCAGAGCUACCGUUGGAGCUGUCUUGAACACAGCAGUGUGGCUCAUCAUUGAAUGUGAUCAGCAUUUUGUCCUGAAAAGUUAAUUAACUUGACAGUCAUAUAUAUAUGGAGGAGGGCUAGAGCUCCACUUCAGUAUUACUUCAAUGAGAAAUGCUUUUUACCAAUCAGAAAUACUGAAGCUUUGCAGGGGGAGUGUGGCUUAGUGAUUAAGCCCCUUCCAUAAGCAGAAAACACUUCUGGAUUACUAUAGUUGGUUGACAGUAUGGUAGAGUCUUGAAUGAAUUAAACAAAUGAGUAAUAUAUUUAGAAAAGAGAAGUAAAACAUAAAUAUGCUUCAUAAUUUCAAAAAUUCCAUAGUUCAUACCAGUAGAAUGUUUCUUGGUAAAACUAAAAGUAAUUCUUAAUUUAGAAAGGAAGACAAUUGGCAUAGUUUAGGUCCAAAAUUUUACCUGAUCUUAAAAAUACUGCAGACUGGUCAAAAUGCCUCCCUGGUUUUCUAAAUUACAUCACUGAUUUGUCUCAAAAUAGCCACCACCCCCUCAUUGGUUAAAAUUAGGGUAUUUUCACACAGCUGUGGUUGCAAAAUGAGGCAUUCCUUAGGAAAAGAAAAUGCAUAUUGAUUCAGAAAUCACAUUCCAGGGCUGUAAAUUCCACUGGUGAUGCAGAUAACGGACAAGGGAAACAAGAAGGUGGUACCAGUGGCUGCUGUGCGCCAAGGAGCAGUGGGUGUGGUGGUCAGCAUCUGCCAAGUGGAAAAGCACACAACUGGCAGAGGAAGGAAUGAAGCCUUCCAGCCUCUGAGAUGGGGCUGGAAACAGCCGACAGUUACAAAAAUAAAAAAGCCAAGAACAAAACAAAACAAAGCAAAACACCUCCCCCCUCCCCAGCUGAAAUAUACUGAAGCAAAAUGUUUAUUUCUGAAAGGGUUUGACAUUGUCACCUUAGAUGGCAUCAGGUUGUUUGUCAGGCUACAGCACCAGCCUGUGAUUCAAGCAUUUCUUUGGAAGAGAACUGACCCCUGAGGUUAGGCUGUUACAGAGAACAGUUUUGACAAUCAUUAAUAGUCUUUUUUCCUUGUAGUUGGUGAAGAGUGGUUUUCCCAUCGGGCCGUCAGACCUAUGACUGGCACAGUUACAUUAAACUUGAUAUGGUACUCAAUGCAAAUAGCUACCUACACAAAGUCCAUCUCAUUUUUACUGUACAUAGUUCUGCAGAUUUGUGUUCUAAAGUGAGACCUUGACAUGCUAAUUGCUUUUUUUUUUUCCCUUGCUUUCUUGGGCUUUUUAAAAUUAUAACCCAUUCAGGUGAUGCUGAAUGGUGUUCAUUACCCUAGAAGUUAAUGAAAAGAGGAACUAUAUUCACAUUCAAUUGAAAAAAACUGAAAACAGGCGAGAUAAGCCAGGGAAAUUGCAGUAGGUUGCAUGUAUUUUAAAAACAAAAACAAGAAGAAAUCAGUGUUUUAUUGGAAGUCUUUAUCAGAUAAUAUGAACUGGACUAAUUAGUAGACUCUUUGUUUUCUAACACUGUAAUCCUACCCCAGCCAUAAAUAUAUUUUAAUUCCAGAUAGCUGAAUUUCUUAAUACUGAAUAUACUGUAAUUUUUACCAGAUUUAUUGUCAUGAAAAUUUUACCAAUUUGUGCACAAAAUCUGCUUCUUCAUCAGCUACACUAACAGUGAUGUUUGGUCACUGUUACUAAAGGUGCUUCAUCCUUUGAAACAGUGGUUGUCCAAUUUAGUGUGAAUAAAGUUCUGUAAGCUAGUUUGUAUGCAAUAUUUUGUUGCUUGGAAUUAUAUUUGAAUUCCUAAAAAGGAAAUAAAAGUUAAUUGAACAAGAACUUUAAAAGGAUUGUAAGAGAUUUGUAGUGUUUUUCCACUGGAAUAUGGUCUAAAGUAUUUGACCUUGUAAAGUCUGAGAAGUUAUAUAUUUUAGGUGGUAUAUUAGAACUCACACACUAUAUUAUUAAUACUUUCUAGUGUAACUAUA